AUGGCUAAAGACAUUGCUAAACUCAAGGAAGAAAUGAAGGCAGAACUGCUAAAGAUAAAAGAAGAGAUGAAACAAGAGAUAAAAUCUUUUCGUGAUUCCCUUGAAAGGGAUUUACGGAAUGAAAUCCGUGAGCUAAAAAAUGAUCAGCGUCAAAUGACGGAAAGCCUCAACUUUGCCUUCACUUCAAUUGAGGAGCACAAAAAGAAACUGGACGAUGUGAUUACAAAGAACAGGGAUCUUGAAAGUGAAAAUGCUGCUCUUCGUGCUGAGUGUAAAUGUCUUGAGAGCAAAGGCAGGGAUCUUGAAACAAGGCUUGUUCUUGCUGAGCAGUACUCGAGGAAGACAAACCUCGAGAUACAAGGUGUACUGAAACAAGACAAUGAAUCUGUUACUAACAUUGUCUCAAAGAUUGGCAGUGCCAUAAAUGAGCAAAUAACUGCAGGUGAUAUUGAGGUCUGUCAUCGGGUGCCGAGCCGAGACAGCGGCAGAAGUAAUAUCAUCGUCCAGUUUAAGUCUCAUGCAAAGCGAGACAGCAUUCUAAGGAAAGCAAAACGAGCUCGUCUGACUAACAAAGAUGUCGGACUGACCAGUGAAAAUGCUAUCUAUGUGAAUGAGCAUCUUUGCCCAGCCUUAAAGAAACUUCUAGCUCUUGCUGUGAAGAAAAAGUAUGAAUACAAAUGGAAAUCCGUCUGGUCAUUUAACGGGAAAAUCUAUGUGAAGCAAUCUGACGAUACGCCCGCCGUGCACGUUCCAAAUGAGCAUGAUAUUGAUAAGGUUUUUUCGGGGUCGUCAUAUGCAACUGUGUAG